UCCCGUUUCCAGGCAAUCAAGCUUCAGGUCUAUCUGGGGACCUUUCCGCCCCUCCCGUUCCACUCGUUUUCUUUUCUUUUCUGACUUCCUCAGUCUACUUUGCAGGCUUCGUCCUGCUUCCAUUCUUUUUUAAUGGGUUUUGCUCCUCCAAAGGCCUAGAAUCUCGACUCUUACCAGGCGAUCAUCGGGUCAUGUCGAUCAGAGCCCUCGAGCAUACCCGCCGUGACGAGACUUCGCCGCAAGCCCUUUCACCGGGCCAUUGAGCAAAGGCAAUGGCCGAAAAUGCAUCUGCAUUAUCCCCGAUCACAGACACCUCAGACGUACCGGCAGCUAGCAGGUCGCAGAUCACGCUGCUGGAACCCCCAAGUAUAGAUAGAACACAGAACCGGCUGGGCACACCCAAUGGGUCGGGAAGUGAACCGCAUUCCGUUGGACGCCCUCGCACUGCUACUCUGGAGUCUUCCGCUGGUCCUUCACUGUCUGCUGUACGUUCCGGUGACGACGUUCGUUCACAAGGCAAUGACCGGGAGCGACCUACGACUCCCGACGUACGGACUCUGCCUGCAUGGAUACAGUCAGUUGAUCUUCGCGAGGAUGAUACCGAUGCGACAACUCGUCUCCUCCCACCAGGUGAGGCCGUAGUGGCUCAGCACAACUUCUCCCCGCACUCGAAACAGGGAGUGGACAUCAAUGGCUCCAGAGAGAAUGGCCUCAAUGGCGACGCGAACCAAGGCGAACGUCAGUCGCGUUGGUGGACCUUUGCCAGACCUAUUGCGUAUCCCCUCGAGCGCUCACUUGAGGAUCAAGUCGUGACACCAGAAUGGCUGAAUCAGAACCUGGGUGACUAUUCCCAGCCGUGGCUGGCAGGGACUCAACACGACGAGGAUCUUGAGAAAGCACUGCCUCCGAAGAAAAAGCGCCAGAUAUGGUACAAGCGGCUUCAGACUACUCUCAUCAGGAGUCCAAUUGUGCCCCUGGUCUUUCGACUCACUGUCUGGGUGUUUUCUUUGACUGCUCUCGCGCUGGGUGGCACUAUCCAGCAUCUUGCAGAAACGUAUAGACAUCCCCAAGGGCCCUCUGGCAUUAUGGCCAUUGUCGUCGAUGCGGUGGCUCUCGUCUACAUUGUUUAUGUUACGUGGGACGAAUAUACCGGGAAACCAUUGGGUCUCCGGAAAGCUCGAUCGAAAAUGAGGCUUAUCUUCCUGGAUCUUUUCUUUAUUGUUUUCGAUUCUGCCAACCUCAGCCUGGCUUUCGAAGCCCUGUCCGAUGUGACCGGUUCCUGUACGGAGGCGCAGGUCAACGAUAUUUGGGACGGGCGGAAUGACAAGAUCUGCGAUCGCCAAAAGGCUCUCGCCUCGGUCUUGCUGAUCGCCUUAAUUGCGUGGUUAAUGACAUUUGCGGUUAGUGUGUUAAGGGUUGUCGAACGGGUUGCUCAGUGAUCAUAUAUGGCCAGGCCAUGUCCAUCUCCUGCCAUUCCGGCCAUCUUCUACAUCUUGCUCCUUCUUAGGUAUAUAUUAUGUUGCAUUCAACGUACUGCGGCGAGGAUGCUGUUUGGCGCCUCCCCGUCGGAGGCUCUUCGCGUCUUCUUAAUCUUUCUUUUUUUUUUCGACCACUAGUGAUCUCUUUUGUCAUUUGGCGGCGU